AAAUAUUUAGUUUCUUGUCAACAUAUCAAUUUCAAAUGUUUUGAAAUUUUUGUCCCCGUUUUAUGUGUUCCAUAUUUGAAUUGAUGUUAUUAAGUUAUUCCGAAAUCUGACUGUUCACACUAUUUUAUUUAAUAACGGUAUAAAUUUUUUCUCAUUUAAAACAAAAUUUAAAAAUCUUACCAAUAAAACGUUUAAAAAUUAAACCAUAAAUUCAAAAUGUCCCUUCCACGAACACGAUCAAAAUUUGGAGGUGAUUUUCUGGUUCCCUCAUUUCAUGGCAACAUUGAAAGCAUCCCUCGCAAUGGCGUCCAAUGUAGAAAAUUUUGUCGAAAUUCGGCAAAAGAAAACAGUGAAUGCAGUGCUUCUUCCACCGAAAUGAAUAAUAAUUCUCGACGUCACAGUAAAAAAAUGAACAAAGAUAAGUCAAUAUUAAGAGGCCCUCUAAAAGACAAAAACAUUGGAGACAGUGGUUUUACAAGCAAUUCAAAAAUAUUCAGAUCUUCUCGAAGUUCAAGAGUUUCGUCAUGUUAUGAUGAAGAUCAGGAAGAACAAAUGGAAACAGCACGAAACACAAGUGAAUCCAAUAUCGAAAAUCUAAGAGAAAAGUGUAUUUCUCUUAAUUUUGAAUUCAACCAGUUACAAGAACGACAUGGAGAUUAUCUAACCAACCAAAGUUUUUCACAAAACAGUGCUGACGAUGAAGACUACAACAGUGACACAUCUGAUAUCACUUUAGAAAGAAAGUACACUCAGAUAUUUCUCCAAUCUUCCAGACCAACGCCUCCAGCUAAAAAGCAACAAGAAAAUGGCAACAGAAUAUUAGAAGACAAAGAGAAAAAAUCUCACAACAACAAAGACUUGAAGAUAAUUUUAAAAACUCUUAAACAAAUUGUCAAGACUGCUCCUGUUGCUUCAAAAGACUCUAGUGAGAUGGCAAAGUUGUAUGAAACCGUAAAGAAUCUGCAAGAGGAACAGGAAAAUUUUCGAAACCUUAUAAGCUCCCAACAAGAUCAGCUCAAUAAUUUCCAAUCGAAGUACCUUAAAGCUGAAAAUAUAAUCAAGUCUCAGAAAUGUGAAAUCCAAAAGCUCAAUUUCGCCAAUACUCAACUAGAAAACGAGCUUAAUUCAAAUAUAACUGAGCUAAAGGAAAAGUUACAGGACAAAACCAACGAAGCUGCUCAUUUGCCACAAGCCAUAAAGGCAGAGAAAAUCAAAGUUGAAAAGUUGAGCAAACAAAAUUGUGAAUUGAUAACGAGGGUACAGGAAGUUAAACAUGAACUGGCCUUGACACGCGCUAAGCUAGUUGAAGCUGCUCAAAAGAGAACCACCACACUGACAAAGUUGAAAGCUAGCGAAAAAGACCUCAAGAUAUUCAAAAACCAAAAUACUAUUCUAAAGACCGAAAAACGUACUUUGAUUGAAGAACUGAAAAGAUUGAAAACUUUGAACGAUGAAUUGUCUAAACGGAAUUCUCACAACUUGACUCGUCAGAAAGAACGUGGCGAGUCUCAACAACGUCUGCUACAGAAGAAGAUACUCGACCUUGAACUUGAGUUAACGCGAAGUCGAAACUCAACAAGUGAUCUGGUUGAAGAACGGGACAAACUUAUUGCCGAACUCCAUCAACAGUUGAAUACCCUGGUGCAUAACUUUGAGGUGUCCCAAAAACACAUACGCAUGUUGAGGAAACAUAUUCAUUCGAUGUCAGGAAAUUCAUCAGAAACCAUUAAAGCCAAAUAAAGAAAAA